AUGUCUCAAAAUGAAUCUCGACAUUUUCUCACGAGCCGACAUGUGUCUCGAUUGCACUCCGUCAUUAAUCAUCUUACCAUGAAUUCACCAUCUCGGAAUAUAUCUGAUGAUUCACAUUCACAAAGUAAUAACAAUUAUUUUCAAUCUCACCAAUUUACAAAUACAACACUCUCAAGACCAUUCCGAACUCUUCACACUGGAAUUAUUAACGAUCCCGAUGCAGUUCAUUUGGAACGAAAGAAACCUCUUCGGUUGGAAUUACGAAAAUCAUUUUAUGAAAAUAGAAACACGUUCGAGAGCGUUACAGAGUCAACAAAUUCAACCACUCCUCAAACAUCGACACAAUCAUACCCUUACACUUCCAUUUUAAUAUUGGAUCAUGUUUUUCAUAUUGCAAAAUUAUUACAAGCUCGCCACAUUCAUCUCAAAUACGUUGAACAAAGUGGUGACACUUAUAUCAUGUUUAGAACAGAUCAAGGAUUGGUUCCAUACUCAACAAUUCAAAACAAACAUUGGAUUAAAUAUUUAUUAAUGCAUGCAACCGGCAAAGAGGAAUACGAAAAAGCAGGAGAAGGAGAGUUUAGAUUGGAGGUGAUGACAGAACGAGACGGAAGACUAGACUUUACAGUGAAUAUCGUGUACAUUCAAGGAGGUGUAAAAUUAACAUUGAGUUUUAUUAAUGUGUAA